AUGUCCACCUUGAACUUCGCGUUGAAGAACCAAACCGGUUCAGACACGGUCUAUGCCUACAUCACCGGCCAAGCAAUCGACAACAACAAUGCCCUUUUUCUGCUACAAGCGGACGGCAAGACGGCAUACUACCCUACCUCGCCAUCGGCUACACUGACAGCCCUUGCGCAAGACUGUGCAAUCCCACUCGGUGCAUCGGGCAGUACCAAGACCGUGACCAUCCCACAUAUCGCGGGAGGUCGACUGUGGUUUGUGCGCGAUGCGAAGCUCACGUUCUAUUUGAACCCGGGCCCCGCACUCGUAGAGCCCUCAUCAUCCAACCCAUCGGACGCCAACUAUAAUCUUUACUGGGACUUUUGCGAGUUUACGUGGAACUCGUCGCAACUCUAUGUGAACAUUACCUUUGUUGAUUUCGUGUCGCUGCCUAUUGCCCUGACGCUCACCAAUACCUCGGGUACUUCGAAGAGCGUCCAGGGUCUACCCUCGGAUGGGCUCGCCACAAUCUGCACGGCACUCAAGACGCAAAACUCAAAGGACAGUGCUGGAUGGGACAAGCUUAUUGUCACGACGAAUGGGAACAAUCUCCGAGCUGUGUCCCCCAACACGGGUAUUACCUUGGAUAACUCCCUGUUCAAGACAUACUAUGAUUCCUACGUUGAUCAGGUUUGGUCCAAAUAUACCGAUACCACUUUGACUGUCAAUACCCAAGGCAGCGCCGGCGAUGUCACAGCCAAAGUCUCGAACGGUAAGCUUGCUUUCUCCACCGGAAGCAUUUCCUACGACAAGCCAUCCACGGCAGAUAUCUGGAGCAACAGCUCCGGUGCCUUUGCGGUCUCUGGUGUUGCCACCAAAGACGCCAUCACUGCCCGAUUGGCGGCGGCAUUCAACCGCUCCACCCUGUUGAUCGACACCAAUCAACCGAACGGCGAGACAGUGUCAAAUUACUACCAGAAUGCCGUGACAAACCACUACUCCAGAAUCUGCCAUGCCACAACUCUGGACAACCGCGGCUAUGCGUUCCCGUACGAUGAUGUGGCGCCGACUAAUGGCGCCGAUCAGUCUGGUAGUGUGUAUGAUCCGAACCCUCAGUUGUUGACGGUUACUGUUGGUGGCUCUUCAAGCAAUUCGACCAACAGAUCUGCCAAUCAGGGGAGUACUACCCCAGCCCAGGGUAAUCAGAAGAAGAGCCGGUUUGCUGGCUUGAAGAAAGUGAUGAAGACGUUGUCUUGCAACAAGUAA